CGUGACCACGGUCCACUGCCCAUAAAAGAGGGAUGCAGCAUGAGUGAGUAAUUCAUACCAGUCCGAGUACACUGAGGGAAAGUGUCCACUCCUGACCAGUAUCCUUCGCCACCACCACCAGAAACCACCCCACGAAGCAUCAUGCCAGGCCCCUGCUGCAAGGACGGGAAGUGUGUGUGUGCCGAGGGCGGCUGCAAGAAAGGGUGUACCUGCACCUCCUGCCGCUGUACUCCCUGCCAGAAGUGCUCUGGGGGAUGCAAGUGCAGCAACAAGGAGGAUUGCGCCAAGACCUGCACGAAGCCCUGCUCCUGCUGCCCAUAAACCCGCGUCCUUCGAACAACGCCAGUCAUCGUCCCCGCCACCACAGCCAAGCAUCUCCUUCCCAACGCCGUCUUCCCAGAGUGACAGAUAACCACCGCGUCAGCUGCCGGCUUAGCUCACAGCGUGGGAAGAUGCGAUGGAAGAGAUGCUGGCUGCUGUGAUGACGGUGGGCGGUGGCCAGACUCUCUCGUGAUCAUUUAUCUUCUGUUUAGUACAAUUGUUUUUCUUCUAGAUCUGUAAGCUUUUUCUGUUAUUCAUGUUCACAAAAUAUCAAAAAUAAAAAAAUAUUCCUUCAUCCACA